GCACAUAUUGAGCUAAACAGCCCUCACUGUUACACCCUCAGCUCACUUCCUAAAAAGACCCAGCAAGAACAGUAUCCCACAAAUAUCUAGGCACAUAUUUGGAUAAAAUGGCCUCUGGACAUGGAAACAGCUGGGAGCAGUGGGACCUGUCAGGACAGAAACUGAAGUCCCUUCCUCAGGACCUUGUAACACAUGUUACAUGUGUGGAUUUACAGAGGAACAAACUGAAACGGGUCACCGGUAUCUCCCGAUUCACCCGCCUGAUGGAGCUUAAUCUCUCCAGGAACAAGAUAGUGGAGAUUUCUCUGGAAAUGCACAACCUGCACACACUAGAGACACUCUACCUUAACCAGAACAACAUCAGAUCCAUUCCAGAGGGAAUCUUCCCACGUCUUAGGAGGUUAAAGUUCUUAAAUAUCAGUGCUAAUCGCUUGGCCAGGCUUCCCUCAGAUAUAAACCAGUGCACCAGUAUCACCUACCUGGACCUUUCCAAGAACUGCCUGCAAAACAUCCAACCACUAGUUGGUCUCCCAAAUUUGAAAGAGCUUUUUGUUGAGAAGAAUCUACUGUCCGAGCUCCCGUCCCAGCUGUUCCAAAACAGCAGCUGUGAGCUGAUGGUGUGCAAGGCCACGGGGAACCCACUGAGGUGCCCACCAGAGGAGGUCUGUGCUGGAGGGGUCAAGGACAUCCAGAGCUACUUCCUCCAAAUGGAGGAGAACCCAAACACAUGCAGUUCCUGGACAGUGAAGACCAUGUUCCUGGGCUCCUCCAUGGCAGGGAAGUCCACACUCUGCCGCAGCCUGAGGGAAGGGAAGCCUGUGACCAUGGCAGUGGAGGACCGGACACAGGGAAUUGAAAUCAGCCAACUCUACACCCAAGAAGUCCGUUUCCUUUUCUGGGACUUUGCAGGGCAGGAGGAGUACUACCUGACACACCAUGUCUUCAUCACACCACGAGCCCUUGUCAUCCUCACCAUUGAUUUAUCCAGCUACAGCAUUGUAGACCCACAUUCUUUCAAAGACCAACUGUGCUUCUGGAUAAACAACAUACAGCUGCGUGUGCCAGACUCUGUGGUCCUGCUGGUGGGAACACACUGCGACCAGUGCAGAGACCAGGAGGAGGUGAUGGACAAGAAGAGAGACAUAGAGGAGAAGGUCAAAACCAUGUUGGCAAACAGAAGGGUGGUUUUAAAACACCAGAAGAAAAACCUGGAAGAAAACAAAGACCUCUUUCUCUUUACGGACCAGCUGGACAAGCUGGACUGUCUUUUGGAAUACAAUCUGAAGGUUCUGGAUCUUGUAGCCAUUGACUGCACAAAGUCGGAGGAUAUUGCAAAACUCAGGAGUCAUAUUUUGACAUGCAUUCAGUCAGAGAGAGUGUUCCUUUGUUCUGAGAGCAUCUUACCCAAAAGUUACGAAGAGGUGGAGCAAGCCAUUCAUAUACUUGUUGCACUAGACGAAAUUCCCCAACAUGGUAUUGUUCUUCUUGACGAACUGAGUGAUUUAAUUCUCAACCAUGUUAAACUGAGCAGAGAGAGUCUCCACUCUAUCUUGCGAUUCCUCUUGCGAUAUCUGCACCGGAUCGGCGUGAUCAUUUGGUACGAAGACAUCCGUGUACUCAGUGACAGAGUGUUUAUCCAGCCAUCGUUCCUCAUCUCAAUGUUCAAGACCAUUGUGAGACAUGAUCUGGUGCAGCAGCUGGAGGGGAUCUCCAGAGACCUUCUCAUGCAGGAGGGGGCUCUGGUGAAACAGAAGUUCACCUGGGUGGAUGACUUGAGGUGCAAAGGCAUCCUGCACAACGCAGCAAUGCGCAUCUUGCUGCGCAGAGAGUUGGAGAAACUGGUGGAGGACGAUGACGACUUGGUCGGAGAGGUGGUGGGAACCAAAAGGGAGGAAGGCAUGAUCCUCACCCUGCUGCAGCACUUUGAGGUCUGCCUCCCAGCUCUCGUUAGAAGUCCUCUGAACCCUCAAGCGCCAGAGUUCAUCCCUGGUGAGAAACAAUGGGAGUCAGCCGGGGAAGCCAAGAGAGAUCCAGAUGGAGCCUGCCUCUUCCCCAUCUACCUGAAGGACGACCUCAUAGUGUGCCACAAGUGGGGUGAGGACAAGCAAGAUGACCUCAGUGUUCACAUGUACUUCCUUCCUGAGAUUCCUCAUGGCUUCUUCCACAGGGUGAUCAUCGCGACGUGCUCCCUGUACCAGACUCACUGGGUGGGGAGACAGCAGUGUCUCCUCUGCUGUGGGAACAGACUGGCUCUGGUGAGAGAGAAAAACAAAGACGGAGAUCCGUUCAUAGAGCUACGCUGCAGGAGACCUGAGAAGGAUGAGGAGUUCCGCCAGUUGUGGGACCUGAUCUUGGCUUUGAUGUCCAAGCUGUUUGCGCUGUCCAGGCAGUGGCCAGGGCUGACUCAGCAGGUGCACACACCUUGUCCAGAGAGAGGCUGCCUACAUUACUUCACCUGGAGGGACUGGGAGGAGCUCAACAACACUGACUUCUACAACCUCGUGAAGGAGGAGAAGUUAGUCUGCCAGGGUGGCCAUACACGACGGACAGAGCUGAUUUUUCCAAAACAUAAAUAAGCGCCUGCAUCAAUAUGGAUAUUUAAGGGAAAGGGGAGAACACAAAAGCAUGUUUUUUGUAUUUGAGUUUAUUUUCUUUAUUCCCUUUCCUUGUUUUCACUUAAGUUCCCACUCUGCAGUGAGCAGUUUGAUAAAAAAAAAAUUCAUUUUCUCUGAUUGUGCUGAAAAUAAAUGGACAACUGUAA